AUUUAUAUUUAUGAUUUGCUACAACAAAGUAGACCAAAAUUGUAUUUUAAAAAUCGGCCUACUAAAUUUUAUAUUAGUUUAUUGAGUUCAUUGAACAGUAUGGAUAAACCAACUAAAAUUUAAAAAAUAGUUUACAACUUUCUAUUAUUCUUUUAACUAUGCAAUUCUAUUUUGCUUGUAUCAUUUUGCUGUUAACUUGCUUGGAAUGGAAAGCGAGUGCAAAAAAUGUUUUUCAAAUGUCGGCCGAAUCAGACAGAAGCAAUGAUCGUGGGCAAGAAGAACCCAGAUUAGGCGCUGUCACAUUCAACUUUGCCAAACAUUUCCAAAGUCACAUGGUUUUACAGAAAGCUCCACAGCGGGCAAACAUUUAUGGCUUUUCCCCAACAAUAGGACAAAAGGUUACAUUACAGUUGACAACAGUACCGGCAACCCACCCCUACAACUAUGAAACAACAGUGCGCCAGGGGCAAGCAGCAGGGGUGGGGGAGUGGAACUUCCUCAUUGACGCCUUUGGACCCAAUGUGGUGGUCACUAUCAAAGUCGAGUCAGGGGGAGUGGCUCACACCAUCAGUGACGUCAUCUUUGGUGACGUAUGGCUCUGUUCUGGACAGUCUAACAUGGCUUUCACUGUUAUACAGAUGAUAGGCGGAGCUCAAGAGAUAGCAGACGCCCACAACUACCCCAACAUCCGCCUGAUGACCGUACACAAAACCGAGUCCUUCACACCACUCUACGACUUAGCGAGGGUUGAUCAAGCAUGGGCCAAAGCUGACAACAAUUCAGUGGGCCACCCGGCAUGGACGUAUUUCUCGGCAGUUUGUUGGCUGUUUGGCAAGGCCAUCCACAAAGCAAGGCACUACCCCAUAGGUCUAGUGGCCAGUGACUGGGGUGGGACGCCAGUCAAAGCUUGGUCCUCCCCCCAGGCGUUAGCACAUUGUGGUGUACAUGAAAAUAACGGUGACUCACACACAGAGGAUUACUUAGAACAUUUAAAGGACGUGUCCCCUGAAGACAGACACAGACUUGAAGGUCCAGGAAACAGCUCCGUCUUGUGGAACUCCAUGAUACAUCCUCUUCUAGGAAUGACCAUAUAUGGUGCUAUAUGGUAUCAAGGUGAGUCUGAUUCUGGAGUCACUGCCAGAGUCAAGUACAACUGCACUUUCCCAACCAUGAUAAAAGACUGGAGAUCUAACUUCAACAAAGCCUCCAACGGUCAAACCAGCGCGUCAUUUCCUUUUGGCUUUGUCCAGCUGGCUCCCAACUCUCCAAGUCCCGGGUCUGCCACAGGUUUCACUGACAUCCGCUGGCACCAGACAGCUGACCGGGGCUACGUCCCCAACCCUGACAUGGCCAACGUCUUCAUGGCCGUGGCCUUGGACUUGCCAGAUUUUAACUCAACCUACGGCACAGUCCACCCACGCUACAAGAAGGACAUAGGCGACAGGCUGGCACUAAGUGGGCUGGCAGUGGCCUAUCACCAGAGUGGCCUCUACCAGGGCCCGCUGCCCUCUGGGUCCAGCAUCUCGUCCAGUGGUCUGGUCGUUGAUUACGGCAACACCUGGAGCCUGGACAUUCGCGUCUCUGAUGGGUUUGAGAUCCAAUGUGCUCACACACACUGGGUAGCCACCAACAUCAGCACCCACACACGCACCACCAUCACACUCAACAGCAACACCGCCUGCCACACGGGGGAGAAGAUCACAGGACUACGCUACGCCUGGAGGGAGUCGCCCUGUGCCCUGCACAAAUGUGCGGUCUAUGAGACGUCUAAAGGCCUGCCCGCUCCACCAUUCGUCUCAUUGGCAGAUUACUAUACCAAGGGAGAUCCAGUUUUUAGAUUUGAUAGGCCACAUUAUAUUUAAACCAAUGGAGAUCCAGUUUUUAAAUUUGAUUGGCCUCAUUAUAUUUAAACCAGCGUAAAACCAGUUUUUAAAUUUGAUCGGCCACAUUAUAUUUAAACCAGUGUAAAACAAGUUUUUAAAUUUGAUCGGCCACAUUAUAUUUAAACCAGUGUAAAACCAGUUUUUAAAUUUGAUAGGCCACAUUAUAUUUAAACCAGUGUAAAACCAGUUUUUAGAUUAGAUCGGCCACAUUAUAUUUAAUGCUUAAUUUAACUAAUAUGUUUUAGAUUUUUAAAAAAUUUAUAGUAAUAUGCAUACGUGAUAAGAUAAUAUUUGAAAAUGUUUAAUGCUCUAUGUUGAAAUAUUUAAUUUAGAUACAUUUCUGGAAAUAAAUUUGUAAACGUGAUAGGAUACUAUUUGAAAAAGUUUAAUGCUUAGUGUCAACAACUAACGUUACUGAAUGCUGUGCAUAUUAUUAUAUGGUCCGAGGAGAAAUGACAACAAACGAAUCACUGAUAGCAGGCUUCAUUAGCAUCAUCUAGUUCAACUACAAAUGAUAAACAAUUUAUCUGUAUAUUUUUAUCUUAGUGUAUUAAUACUUGACUUAAAUUAAUGUUAUUUUUGCUCUCGAUUAUUGAACCUGAAGAUAAAAUAUGCACAGUUUUAUCUAUCUAAUUACAGAGUUCAGAUAUUAUCUUUUAUCUUUAUAGAUAGCAUUAUUACCGUAUCGUUGAUUUAUUAUGGUCAACACGCCCAUAACGUAAGUACACAUAGACUUGUUGAGCAAAACAUAUGACUUAAGUACACCUAGAAUAGAUCAGCACAUAUGACUUAAGUACACAGACUAUAGCUCAACACAUAUGACUUAAGUAAAGAUAGACUAGUUCAACACAUAUGACGUUUAGACUAGAUGAGAAACACAUAUAACUAAAGUACAGCUAGACUAAUUCAGUACAUAUGACUUAUGUACACCUAGUUUAACCACACAUAUUGGCGCGUAUCCACUACUUUCUGAUAAUGUUAGUGAUUGUAUAAAAGUCCUAUUUUAUUUAUUUUUUUCCUCUUGCAAUAUCAAUAGCAGUCAAAACAGGGGACACAAUACACACACAAGGGAGAGAAACAAGAUAUCCACAUAGAGACAGUGUCAGCUUUUUAUAGACCAAGUCGAAUAUAUUAUUCCAAUUCAUUGUUCCUGCUCAGUGGUCAUCUUACUUAUUAAAGUCGAAUGUUAUUAUAUAACUUUGAGCUGUUUAGAAAUGUUUCAAUGUUUCAUUUUUUCACUCUUUCUACCAACGUCUUUCAAUAAAAAAUAUACAUAGAUCGCGAA